AUGCAAUUAUUUAAUGUUUCUAAUAAUGUUUCGAAAGAACGUUAUAAAAUAUUAUUUGUUAUACUUCGAUUAUGGUGUAAAAAAAAUUCUAUUUUUGGAAAUAAUUUUGGAUUUUUAAAUAAUAAUGCUUUAAUUGUUUUGACAUUUAAUUUAAUUAAUAAAAAUCAGAAUAUGUCAUUUAGAAAAAUUUUGGAAGAAUUUCAUAAAAUUUUUGAAGAAGAAUUUUUAAUAAAAAUUUUGGAAGAAGAGAAAAAUGAAAUUAUUUGGGAUUUUGAAAAAGAAAAAGAAUUUAGACAAAUUGAAUCUUUAAAUGAAAAAAAUGAGAAUCCAGGAUGGACAAUAUUGACUUUGGGAUUUCCAAAAUAUAAUUCUUUUAUUAAAAUAAAUAAAUCGACAGCAAAAAUAAUUAAAUUAAUUAAUAAAUUAGGUUUUCUUUUUUGA